GUGAAAGGUCCUUGAAAACUAAUCACGUGUUGAUAUGUUUUGAUUACGUUGUUUUCAGACUUAGUGAUAAAAUGUGACAAUUACAAUCAUUACUUAAUUAAUGCGAUAUUGAAAUGGCUCCCUUUUCUCUCAUCUCUGCUCUUUCGAAUUUAAUGUUCCACGGUAUCACAUUCAUGUGCUAGCUUCAUUUUUAGUGUCGUCCCGUUUCGCGAAUCAAAACAAUGGAGUUGCUUUCAAAUUGCUCCAGUACUUCCAAAAUGAACAGAAAAUGAGGCUCCUGCCUUAGAGUGAUCUACAAUGGCAACAGAAUCUGGAGAAUCUGGUUCUACGGAUCAUGGUCACGUUUGCAAUAUUAAUGCAAAUGGCAAUCCACUCAAAUGGAAGAAGUUGAAAAGUUGGAUUCAAUGUAUUUGCAUUGUUACUUUCGACUUGGAACUGGGACAAGCUAUUGAGGUAAUCUUUCCUAAUGACGCAUUGUCCGAAGAAGAUCAAACAAUUAUCUGCUACUUGGCCUUCCCAGACUCUAACUCGGGAUGCAUGGGUGACACACAAUUUCACUUCCGCAUUCGUCAAACGUCUGGUGCUGAGUUGAGCGAAGAACAUGUUGCAUACAACAAUAAAUGUCCGCCAUAUUUACAAGUACACAGAGCUUAUUUUUAUGGAUAUGUUUUCUUCCGGCAAGUGAAGGACCACUCAUUACCGCGAGGGUAUUUUCAGAAGAGUGUUAUUAUCAUUUCAAGACUGCCAUUCAUUAAUUUAUUCACGGAGUUAUGUGGCAUCAUUGCUCCUGAAUUUUUUAACCAUGGUCUCGAAAGCAUCACAGCAGCUUGUCACGAUAUUGACCGAUGGCCAUCACUAUCACCAGGCCAUUCAGUUGUUUUACCUAUUUUUGGUUCCUUAAUUCAGACUCAAAUUCCUGUCGAUAGCAACAAAAGUCAGCCAUCCAUCGGAAUUUCGUCUGUCGCUUCCUGUCUCUCUUCUACGCUCUUAGCCACGGUUCAUGAAAUCAACAUUUUCAAUUCAUUCUCUCACAUCGUCAGUCAUAUUCACCUGUUGUGGGAGCUUGUUUUAAUUGGUGAACCCAUUAUAGUCAUGUCCUCAUCCCCUGCUGUUUGCUCACAAAUGGUCCAAGCCUUAGUCAGUAUGAUUGUGCCUUUAAAAUACCAUGCAGACUUCCGGCCUUAUUUUACUAUUCAUGACAAUGAGUUCAAGGAAUACACCUCUAGGGCUCAAGCACCUCCGUCUGUGAUUUUGGGUGUUACUAAUCCAUUUUUCGCCAAAACUCUUCAACAUUGGCCACACGUGAUCAAAAUUCCUGAUUCUGCAAAUUUAGAUAAUUCUCAAACUUUUAAGUUGAAGAAAAGGGGCAGUGGGUUAAAGCUACUGGACUCAAAGCCAGGAGUAUAUACUCAGUAUCAGCCGCAUCUCCAGAAAGACAAAGCUAUCGUCAAAAAAUUACUGAAGGGUAUCACGACAAAUAGACCAAAUGAAGUCCAGUCAGCCCUCCUGAAGCGGCACCUUUUAGAACUCACCCAAAGCUUCAUGAUACCCCUCGAAAGGUACAUGGGCACUCUCAUGCCCUUGCAGAAAAACGUAUCCCCAUUCAAGGCGACUCCAGUUCCUUAUCCAUUUAAUCCAGAUGAUUUUUUCGCAUCACUAGAAUCUUCUGGCCCUCAGCUUACGUCAAGGAUUAAAGGCGACUGGGAAGGCUUAUAUCGAAAAUUCUUUAGAUCUCUCAACUUUAGCGGCUGGUACAAUGCCAAGUACAAGAAAAUGGCCGAAAAAUUAGAAGUUCUUCAGCUCAAAGCUUUGUCAGACGCUGACUUCAAAAAGUGGGUGCUCGACAAGCAAGAGGUCGAACGAGUGGACAUGAUCUUACGAAUUAGGCAUAAAAUCGAGCUUUGCGAAUCUCAAGCAGUGACUCUGAACGACUUUACUAGAGACCAGCUAAAAGUGAAAAUCAAUGAUAUUAUAGCCUCCUUACCGGAUGAUUUGAAGAUUGUCUUGUCUCCGCGGUGACCUGCAAGCCUGUCUGUCACAUUUUGGAGUGAUAGAUAAUGAUUCUUUUUGCCAUUUCUCAACGGAGAUUACAAAAACUCUUUUUGAGAUAUUUAUCUCCGUAGAUUUCUUUUACUCAUAUGCUUCCUUGUUUUUGAGAUUUUGUCUAAGUUUUGGUAUCUGGCUCCAUUUUGAGGUGAGAUUAAAGAACUUAUCUUUGGUAAGUUUUUUUACUACUUCCGUUCUUAGAUACUCUUCCCACAAUUUAAGUGUUAAGAAGCUCAAAAAAUUAAAGAAAGUGUUAGAAUUUUGUAAUCGGGUAAGCUCAGCUUACAACAAUGGUGCUAUCCUUUUAAGAUUUCAUCAGGCAAGCUUCCUUCUUCGGAUUCAUUUGAUCUGCAGGUUGUCUCAAUAGUAGUUGAAAAUGUGAAUCGAUUGAUUGGAAGAAAAACAUGUAUCAAACCCUCCUCUUUAGUUUUGAUUUAUGAAAGGAAAUUGUGAAACCAAUUACAAAAUUCUGUAAAGUGUUGUUUUGGAAUUUGUAAGUAUUACUGGUUUGAAAGGUUCUGAGUAAACACUUAGCUAUAUGAAUCAGCAUUUCCCAAAGUAUGGUUUCUUUUUGAAUUUAGAGUCGUUUGCUUUGAGAGUUAUUAUACUCUUCUAGUUUUCUAUUUCUUCUGCAACUUUCCAGUAAUUUCCACUUCUCGAAAAUUUCAUAUAUUUUGAUAACAUACCAAUUCAGUUUGAUGAUUAAAAUUUUGCAUCUUCUUCACUGUGUUGAAACGAAAAUUGUCCAUCUGUUGAAUAAAUUAGCCGUCACUAAAUAUUGUAAGGAAUAUUUCAAUUCCCAGAGGAAAAUGUCAGUUUGCUGAAAUUUAUCCAAGAAAUUGCAAAGGAAAUCAUCAACCCCUCUUUAUCUAACGUUUGUAUUAUGAUAAUCGCAAAGGAAGCUAAUGAGUUCAUCAUGCUAGAAAAAAGGGAGCUUUCCACAACCUUCAACUCUCUGAAUUCGUCGCUUCCGACGGCUUUGAUGAUCUCAGAAGUAUCGUCUCCUACAGCUAAGAUGGCAGUAUGGAAAGUGGUUGAACAUUGGCAAACAUGUAAUGCAAUGGAGGUCAGAAAUUAGUUCAAAUAUAUAAUUGGAAAGAACUGUUCAAAGUAUACCUAUUAUUAUGAAUCAAAUAAUGCUCAGUAGAAUGCCUCCCCAUAUUUUGUGAUAAAUAAACCGAACGGACUAAAGCUGUAACGGGGAGUGUAAUAUGAGGAGGCAUUCUCAUUUACUAUAAUGCAGCUACCAAGGUCUUUCUAAAAAGAAAGUGUUUUUGUAGCAAGGUACCAUGUAAAUUGAAAUCAAGAUGUUUAUUUUUAAGAUAUCAUUAACUCAUAGGUCAGUCAACAAAACCAAAAUUUUGGCCCUGAUAUCUCAAGACAAUUUACAGCCAUUCUGCCCACAGGGCAUAAUGACAUUUUGAGAGGGACCCUAAUGUGCAUUUAAACCGAAACAUCAUUGAAACUAAGGAAUUAAAUGUAUUACUAUUAUUCUGUUCUUUGUAGAAUUGAGUACUCAUAUUUCCAUCCUUGUCCAAGAGUAUAUUACAGUACUCUCUUGCUAUAACGAAUUGGCAAGGGACCGGGCUAUUCCUUCGCAAAAGCGAGAUUUUUGUUAUAAUGAGUGUUAUUAUAGCGAGAGAAUACAAUAUAUUUAAAUUAAUUCUCUCAGUGUUAACUUUUUGUACCUCUGAAUUUUUUAUUCGGGCAACAAUAUGUUUCUCAAAAAAUUGUAAAAUAAAUAUGUACCUAAUUAAUAAUUUUCAAAUUUCAGCCCCAGCAGUGUAACUAUCACAGGUUUAUCAUAUUGUCUCUUCUUAGAUUAUUUUAUCAAAUUUUGAAAAUAGUGGCCAAAUUUUGGAAAUUAUAACGCAUAUGAGCUGUUCGGAAAAGACCUGGCUUGACACUGGAAACAAAGGAUGAUUUAAAAGCUCAGGAUUGAAACUAACCUAACAUAUUAUUUGAACAAAUAUUGACAAAGUUUUGGCAGUUUUAAACAGGAUCAAUGCAAACUGCCUGCUUUUUUAGUUUAACAAGAUUUUUUUUUUUUUUUAAAUUUAACCGUGUUCAUUUUCCUAAUGAUUUUUUAAUCCUCCUAAGAACUCAGAAAUUUCUGAAAUAGCACUGCAUGAUAUGUUCAAAUUGGUCUAUCAUGUGACGAUUCUGUUUGUUAGUGCAGUAUUCCAAAGUGGGCAAAGUAUUUCCAAGUGGCAGUAGUGGGCAGUAUUCUGUAGGCCUUGUUUUUUCUUUGCAUUCUUAUUGUUAGCAUUGUCAAAUUGCGAUUCGAACAGCAAAUAACCUGUUACCAUAUUUUUUUUUUCAAGGAGCCCCUUAGAUUUUGUCUUAAAAGACGGUUCGAAAAAGUUUCAUGGGCCACUUUGAAGAAACUGAAAAUUGUCCAAAAAGAGUUCAUAUAGGUGGUUUAAGUAGACCUUUUUUUCAAACUUCCAUAACUUGGCCAAUUCUCAAUCAAAUAAAUUGAUAUUGAUCUCAAUCAAUAACUUUUUCAAGUCUUCUUUCUAAAAAAAAAAAAUAAAUAAAUAAAUAAAUAAAAUAAAAAACAAAUUAAAAUUGUCUUGAUAAGUAGGUUUGAUCCAAAGCCACGGGCCGUUCAAGUUCUUUUCUGAACAGCUCUCAUAGAUCACAAAGGCCUAGAUAUCUCAAAAAAUAUUAAUUCAAGUGCCCUAAUUCUUAUUUCAACUUAUUUAUUUCAGCUCUUCAUAUCUUGUUUAUCUAGAAACUGAAAUGAUUUAUCAUUAAGAGUUUGUAGCAUCUUAUUUUAAAUCUUUUUCAGCACAUUAAAAUGCUCAUCUAUUAAUCAGGAAGUCAGUACCUAUGUAGGUACUCUUCAUUUUUGGCUUUACGAUCUCUGAUAUUUGUAUUUUUUUAAUAUAAUCGAUUCCUAAAUUCCAAA